AGUGCACCAUGGGAGACCGUUUUCAAUAUGGCCAUCGGAAGGUCCUCGAACGUCCAGACGUAGAGGGUUUUUUCGCCGUUUUGCCUGAUUCAUACCGCCAAAUACGAUAUAUUGCAAUAUAUGCCGAUCUUUUGACAUAAACAUGGCGUUUAAUAAUCGCUUUCCGGCCUCGAAUGCGAACCCAAACAGUUAUCAGAAUCCGCACGGUGAGUCAUCAUUUGGUUCUCAACAAGGCCCUUAUCCACAUGGGGCCCAAUCAGGCAUGCAAGGUGUGGGCCAAGGAAGGUAUAGCUACAUGCAACCCAACCAGCAAACGACCCAGAGAUUCCAAGAGGGUUUCCCCCAAGGGGGUUUUCCCCAGGGCUAUCAAGUUGUCCAUCAGCAAAACCCUCAAGUACAGCAGUCCUAUCAGCAACAGCAGCAAAGAAUGCUACAAGAACAGCAAAAGCUCGCUGAAGCCAAUCAGAAAAAGCAGGCAGAAGCUCGAAAAAAGCAAGAAUUUGAAGCUCAGCAGAGAAAGCUACAGGCCUUUAGUCGAUCUAGUGGAAAGAAACAAGUGCCAGGAGAUCUCGCUCAUCUGAUUGGUCCUCUAGCUCAGAAAGGAGGGCCUGGCUCGUCAAGUGUUGCUAAGCAACUGUCAUCAGAGGCUAGUGUCUUUUCUCGACCUGGGGUGUCAUCUUUCAACAAAAACCAAUCAAAGCAGGCACAGGCAACCCACCUAUAUGGUGCAGCAGGCCAGGCAGCACAGCCAUGCCAGGUGCCCCAGCAACAGUCACACCCAUAUUCCUCUAUGCUGCAAAUGCAUCCAUAUGGUAUGCCGAUCCAGGCCAGUCAGCAGACAAUCCCUUUAUCUGGUGAUAAUUUUGGUAACUUCAAGCAAGUGAAUCUUCCAGCUAACGAUGGUUUCAGUGAUUUUCAGGAAGCCACACCUUCAAUGUCUGCAUCUCAGGGAACAUGGUCUAUGACGCCCCAAACCCAACCCUCUAUGUGGCAAAGAACAUCUGCAAGCAACACAGCCACUGUGAGCAGUACACUAUUUCAACAACAGACUGGCGGAUCUGGACAUACCAGUGCCUGGCCUUACGCCCAUCCAGGCUCAGGCAAUGCCAGUGAACCAACUCCCCAACAAGAGAACAACAGACCAGGAAACUUUAGUAGCUGGCCUAACCCCUCCAAAACACCAGCCCUCCCUGGAAUAGCUCCAUCAGAUGCACUGAAAGGGACUGUUGGGCCUGGAAAUGUUGGUACCUGGUCUGGAGUACCAUCACAAUCUGGCCCCCAAUUUAUGGGCAUGCCAGCGGGCCAUCAAGCAGGGGAACAGAGACUAAGGGCAGACAGUAUGUCGAGUGUAUCGUCCACGUCAAGUUUGGGUGGAGCAGCAGGAAUUAUGCCAGGAAUUCCUGGACAAAUGGCAUAUCCAGGAACAAGCCAAGGGAUGAUGCCUAGCGGAGGUCCCCAGACAGUCCCUGAAGAGCCUGCCGAACCCAGAGAGCUCACACCAAAGGACAUCUACGGUGUCAACCCUCCCCACUGGUGCACAGAGAGUACCAACCUGCCGUGCAUAUACUCAGAAGUUGCAGAGAAGGCCACUGCGGAUGGCUCCCUGGACACAAAUAGGCUGUACCCAAUCCUACUGGCCUCAGGUUUGCCCAAGGAUGUGCUUGGUAAGAUCUGGAUGCAGGUGAACCGGGAGUCGCCAGGGCAACUGAGCCUACUGGAGCUUAAGAUGAUGCUGGGAUUGAUUGCUUUGGGGCAGACUGGUAUUAAACAUGAGAGACUGACCCUAGAGAAACUGGCCACAUGCCAGACCGCACCCAUCCCUUCUUUUCCUGAAGAUGCUCUAAAGGACAAAGACAGCGGCUGGAGCUUCAGUGAUGGGAACCAACAAAAUGCCCCUAAAGAACCCUCACAAGAGCAGACGUCGCAACUUCCAUCUGACCCAAGUGACAAAUACAGUGUCUUCAAAACAGCCGGAGACAGACAAAUGGAAUCCAACGAAAAUUUUAAAGAUUGGUCUCACAUGGUUCGAUUAGGCUCCCAGGCCGUGCAGAAUAUGGUUCCUGGUUUCCAUGGCAAUAUGCCCCCUGGUAUCCCUAGCGUUAUACAAAGUAAUAAUGCCCCUGGUUUUCAAGGCAACAUGCCUGGUUUGACUCCUACUGGUCUCAAUGGCAACAUGUCUAGCAUAACUUCUGGUAGUAUAAAUGCAACAGAUGAUGAUGACUUUGGAGACUUCCAAAGUGACAACAAUUCAGAGUUCAGUGACUUCCAGGGAAGUGGUUCAAGAGUUGAUGCAGACUUUGGAGUACCAAAUAGUGCCCUACCCAGUGGUUUUGUUACAACUUCUUCAUUUCCAUCAUCAAACAUGGUGACAACAAUAAGCAAGGGCGCGUCAGGGCUUUCAGCUGGCCCAGGCGUGAGCAGCACUUCAGCACCAUCAAAUAACCAUGACCAGCCUAUACCCGCCAUCCCUAGCCUAAUGAGCUCCACCCUGACAUCUUCAAUUUCCACUACAAGCACAGGCAUGCCCCCAGCAUCAUUAUCAACCCCUACCCCAUUUUUUACACAUCCAGGGUUCUCCACCAAACCAGUGACCACUUCGCCAACAAGCUUAUCAGAUCAGCUAAAGUUAUUUGCAAGUUCUUCCACAUCCUCUGUUUCAACUUCUGCCUCAUCUAAACCUGCAGCAUUACCUUCAUCAGCAGCAUCAAAUGAUGAUGACUUUGCUGACUUUAUGGAGGCAGAGCCUGUGAAGUCUUCUGUCAGUAGCAUUACAACUGAGUCUUUUGCAAAGACAGGUUUAAACGAAGUCUCAAAUGAGGCAAAGGUGAGUGGCGUAACAGCUUUUCCAAGAAUCAAAAUGCCUUAUCUUAGCGCUGGGAGUGAUCAAGAAAGCUCAAAUGAAGCUAAUAAGGUUCAGAAACAGCCAGGGCCUGUUGGACCAGCUACAGACAAGUCUAAAGACAAAUAUGACUUUUUAAGAGACUUGGAUUCUGGCUUGUCAGUAUUCUCUUUGCCUCAAGCAAGUCAGAAGAGUCAUGAUAGUAUGGGUGAGUUUGAAACAUCUCAGCCUGCUGACAGCAAGGUUGGUGAUGCUGAUGAUUUUGGAAAUUUCAUUGGGGAUAAUGGAAAUAGAGAUGGCAAGGACUUCAAUGCUUUUUCCUUAUCAGAAGCAACUGGUGCAAAUAAGCCUCAUCCUGCGAACUCUAACAAUGAUGAUUUCGGAGACUUUGGUGGUUUUCUUACAGCUGAAACAAAGGCUGACAUGGUUACAAAAACUGAUAGUUCUAACAAUGAUUUUGGUGACUUUAGUAGUCUUCAAAUGUCAGGAGUAGGUACCAGCGUUGACAAAGAUAAGAUUCAUCAUGCAACCAGUUCUGCUAAGCCUGCAGCAUUUUUCGAGGCUUCUACAUUUAUGGGCUCAACAUUAACAGCUCCAGACACUAAGCCCAACAUACACAAUUUUGCUGCCAGUGGCCAUUCAAGUAAGGAUCAGUUUGCUAACUUUGAAACUGCACAGUCAACCUCCUUUGGUGAACUGAACAAGUUUGAGCUUCAUCCUUCAGCACGUGAGGAUUUGACCCCAGCUCAAGAUGACUUUGGGGACUUUUCCCAUUUUAAUGCAGCCCCCAGUUCAGAUACUAACAGCGAAUUUGGUCAAUUUGAUAACUUUAAACCUUCAAAUACACCUAGCGAUUCUUCCCUUGCAAAUACAGAGCAAUCUAAACCUCAAAGUACUGAGGAUUUUAGUGGUUUUAUGACUUCAUCAAGUCAAGAAGAUUUUUCAGCUUCAAGUAGAUCCGAAGUCCCUGAGGGCGGUACUGAGAUGACACAGAGAUCCCUAGGUCUCCAUGGCAACAGCCAUGAUGCCGAGCAUAACAUGAUCAGUGCUGUCCCGCUAGACUCGGCCGAGAGAUACAAGGUGUUUUCCACUGAAUCUGAGGAGGUGGAUAAGCAUGCCCACAUGUGGGGACGAUGCCUUAAUAGCUGUCUACUGACCCUUGGCACGGGAGCUCUGGCGGUACAACGCAUGCAAGACCCCACCAUCAGACAAGAGAUUCUACAGUCCAAGCAAGGCAUAGACUAUUUCACAGCUGUUGUAGAAGUUUAUACUGUGACCCAAAGACUGAAAGCGACAAUCAACCAAGCAGCAAGUAACAAUUUGAAGCUUCAGGACAUCCUGGAGGAGAUUGAUCGUACUUGGAAAAGCAUUGCAAAUUUCCUCUCAGGAUCAAGCAUUGAUACCAGUGUGGUUGAUUUUUCUACCCAUCGCCUGACUUGUGAGGAAGAUAAGCUGUUGGCCUGUGGUGUGUGCCUGUUAAAUGUUACCAAAGCAGCUGACGAAAACAAGACUACCAACGGUAGCAAGCAAAGCAGCACACCUAGAGCUCUCAUAAACUAUGGGGCUCGCCAGUAUCAUGCCACUUGUGCUAAUUUCUGGUGCAAUCGUGUGGAUUCUAUCCUCCCUUCUCUAUUCCCAGUUUAUAGUCUCAUAUAAUCACAUUUUCCUUGUGGGUCACCUAGUGUGCUGCCCUGACCUAUCUUACUACUUUGUCCCAGGGUUACUGGAAUGAUUUUCCAAGCUCCAUCCUAAAGUUUUCUUAAAUGACUUGUUUUUUUCUCUGUGCUUCUGAAUAAGGGCACUAGAG